AUGGCCCCUCUUCAGCUGCAAGGCCUUUCCCAAGAGGACCUGGACCUUCAAAUGCGACAACUGGUCCGUGGAGUUGGUCGCGACAGUCUCGGAACCGUUAUAUCAGGAAUUCUCUCAAUCAAAUUGCCUCAUAUGCUGGUGUCUUGCGGCGUCAACAUCGUCAGCCUUUGUUCCAACGCUUUUAAACUUCAUGAACUCAAAACCGCCUUGCGUAACGCGGGCAUCACGAUCAAGAAACGCGUUAUAGCCAAGGGUUUGAUGGAGGGAGCAAUCACGAAAUUUGGGAGCACAGCCAUAACUCUUGGCCACGACGACUUUACUACUGGAACAAAAGCCGUUACUGAAUGGUUUAACCACGCGGGGACUUAUAUCGCGAACCAUACGAGUUCUUUAUUCUCCCCGCUUAACUCCUUGUCUGCCAGCGUCUGGGACCAGGAGAAUCGCAUGAGUCAUGGUCUGUUCGAGCAUUCAACGGCUAUCGCUAACGGAUGGACCAACGCUGCUGAGAAUGCGACCGGCACAGCUGAAACAAAGAGCCUAGGUUGGUAUCAGGAGGACGGGGACUUGACGAAGCAGGUCGUCGUCGUUGGCGCUGCGACGGGUGCGGCUAUGAAGGUGGCUGAUCAUGUUCUUGAAAAGCCUUACGACGAAGGGAAAGACUCGAGAUGGUACAAGCGGCAGCGGGAUAAGAUUAGAAGAUGGUUUAAGUAG